AUGCCGGAGAGCGUGGCCAAGGAUGAUGGCAAGAAGAAGGAGGCGUCUCCUAGGCGCCGGCCUUCUGGGAACACCACCCAUGUCAGGGUGGAGCUGCUGGACGGGUCGACAAUGGAGCUGGAUGUCGAUAGAAAGAUCAGAGGCCAGGAACUGCUUGGAAAAGUGUGUGACAACUUAAACCUGGUGGAAAAGGACUAUUUUGGCCUUCUCUACGAAGACAGAGGAGACCCUCGCAUUUGGAUAGACCUCGAGAAGAGAGUGUCCAAGAUGAUCAAACAUGAACCUUGGCGAGUGAGGUUCUCAGUCAAGUUCUAUCCGCCUGAACCGGCAACAUUGCAGGAGGAACUCACCAGGUACCAACUAGUGCUGGCAGUUAGGAAGGACUUGCUUGAAGGUCGCUUACCAUGUUCAGCAGUCACACACGCGCUUCUCGCUAGUUACCUGCUGCAAUCGGAGCUUGGAGACUAUGAAGAAAAGGAGGUUGGUGCCGGGUUGUGCAAGCAGUUGAAGUUGGUGCCCGCUGCAUCUUGUACACCCGAACUUGAAGAGAAGGUGGUUGAACUGCACAAAACUCAUAAAGGGCAGACGCCAGCUGAAGCCGAACUCAAUUAUUUGGAGAACGCAAAGAAACUGGCAAUGUAUGGGGUCGAUCUACACCCUGCGAAGGAUUCGGAGAAUGUUGACAUCACUCUUGGGGUGUGCUCUUCUGGACUCCUGGUCCAUAGGGAGAAACUUCGUAUUAAUCGUUUUGCAUGGCCAAAAAUUUUGAAGAUCAGUUACAAGCGACAUAAUUUUUACGUGAAGCUGAGACCCGGCGAAUUCGAACAGUUUGAAUCUACUGUCGGAUUUAAGCUCGCCAAUCAUCGUGCAGCCAAGAAACUGUGGAAGACUUGCGUUGAACAUCAUACUUUCUUCAGGCUGAUGUCUCCGGAGCCGGUGGCGAAGAGCACGCUGUUCCCGCGGCUGGGCUCGCGGUUCCGCUACUCGGGGCGCACGCACUACGAGUCGCGCGCCGCGCCGCCGCAGCGCGCGCCGCCGCACUUCGCGCGCACGCUCUCCAACAGGAAGCUCUCCUCGCGCUCCAUGGACGCGCUGGCAGCAGGGGACAAGGAUGAAUCCAUGCCACCGGAUGCGACGAAGCGUCACACUAUGCCGCCACAGCCCGCGGCACGACCCACUAUCAAGGAUAAGAAACCACCGCCGGGUGCUGUGAAAGUGAUGCCCACAGCGCCACCGGAGAAGAAAGUAGAAGUCGAAAAGAUAGCCGAACAGAAGAAACCGGCUGAAAACGGUACUGAUACCACAAGCGAUCCGGGUAUCACGAAUAAUGUUGAAACCACUCCAAAGAGGUCUAAGGCCGGGGGAUUCGGACUGUUCGGUAGCAAAAAAGAAAAAUCUCCAAAAGAUGACAAAUCAAAAGAUAAAUCACCCAAGACGAAAGAUAAAAAAACGAAAGAACCUAAAGCGAAACCUGUGGCGUUACUCGAAACGUCAAACGACAGUUCAAACCUCGAUAGUUCACUUGAAAAGAGCCCCUCAAAGGGUGACGAUAAACCGUCAUUCACUAAGCCCUACGAGUACACUGAUACUGAACAAAGCCCUACACGAUCUAAACCCUUUAUUCAAGGAGCUUUCAGUUACGAAAAAGAACCAAUUUCCGAAGAAAAGCAAAAAGGACUUGAUACCAGUCAAAGCCCAACUACUAGAAAAGCUGGCCUUGCAUUUAACUACGCACCAGGGGAAGACAAGAAAGUUGCUGAAAGUGCUGAAAAACGCAAAACACCUGAAGAUCCUAGCAAAUUCAAAACGCCAGGCAUUGACUAUGUGCAGUCAGCUGCUUUGAAAGAACAAGCUAAAAAUUUGAUUGACCCUACGUUAGCUUUGCUUGAUUCCGAAAGAGCACAUUAUGAAGCACCUGUUGCAGCCGCGGUUGCUGUACCAGUAGCUGCUGCAAAAUCCGAUAACGAAAUUCAAGUAGUUAUAAUCACUGGUCGUUACAAUGCGAAGAGCAAAAAACUAGAUGAUGCUAAUGGCACCAUCCUUGUUACCAAAGGCACUUUAAAUAAAGGCAAUGGAAAAAUACAGACGGAUAAGGAACUUAUCAAUACCAAGUCGGGCCAAAUUAGUUACACAGAUCCAACUACUGGCAAGCAGGAAGUUAAGAGUGGUCACGUCGACAAAUCUGGCCAUAUUUUGUUUACAUCUGGAGUUAUUGACCCGAAGACAGGUAAAAUUGACCCUACUUUGGCCCAACAAUACUGUUUUGUUGAAAAAUCAGCUGAUAAGGUUGGAGCCAAACCUGGUCGCGAAGUCGACUUAGUGGUUAUUACUGGAAAAUAUGACGGUAAAAAUAAAAAGUUAGAUGCUUCACAUGGACAUGUCGAAGUUUCUAGAGCUGUCGUUGGAUCAGACGGUAAUGUUUCUUCGAACUACGGUGUCAUAAGCCCGAUUUCGGGUAAGAUAGACUAUGUGGAUCCCAAGUCAGGCAAACAAGAGCCUAAACAAGCUUACGUUGAUCAGAAGACCGGAAAUCUUCUCGUUACUACUGGUGUUUUAGACCCUAAAUCUGGCAAGGUUGAUUCUUCUCUUGGGCAACAGUUUAGCAUCGUCGAAAAAGACGCAACUAAAGCCAACAGACAAGUAAGAUUAAUAGUAGUAACAAGUAAGUACGAUUUGAAGUCAAAGAAAUUAGAUCCCACAUUCGCUCAUGUUGAUUCGGUGAAGGGAGUUCUUAAUGGCAAUGAUGGUAAGAUCUAUAGUGAAUAUGGAAUAAUUGAUCCACGUACAGGAGAGAUCCAAGUAACAGAUACCAAAACAGGAAAACAAGAAACUAAACAAGCUACUGUCGAUCCUAAAACAGGCAAUAUUCUUUUAUUAUCAGGGGUCCUAAAUCCAAGUACAGGCGAUUUAGAUACUUCAUUAGGACAACAGUAUAGUAUCGUAGAUAAGCCCACUGAUACAUUCGCAGUGUUACCAGGUAAGGAAGUCGAAGUAGUUGCGAUUACCGCCAAAUACGACUCAAAGAACAAAAAAUUGGACACUCCCAAUGGGUUCGUUGAGACUUCCCACGCCAUAAUCAGUGAUAAAGACAGGAAAGUGCAUUCGAACUUUGGUGUACUUGAUCCUAAUACUGGUAAAGUAUACUUUACGGAUACGAAAACAGGCAAACGUGACUCCAAACAAGCCCAUGUAGAUCCUAGAACUGGUAACUUUGUAAUUACUUCUGGUGUUAUUGACCCAAAGACGGGUAAAUCCGAUUCAUCUCUUGCCCAACAACUGACUGUCGUUGACAAAGAUGCACCCAAAGGCAUCCCUGAGAGAUGGGCCAACCUAGUCGUUAUUACAUCUAAAUACGACCCCAAGACUAAGAAAUUGGACAUUACCAGUGCUCAUGUUGAUAGUUUCCCUGGCAAAUACAGCAAUGGCGAUAAAGUACACACUGAUUAUGGUAUAGUCGAUCCUGCAUCUGGAGAUAUUGUCGUCAUAGAUCCUGUCACCGGUAAACAGGACACUAAGAAAGCCACUGUAGAUGGAAAAACUGGAAAUUUACUACUAACUUCUGGCAUUGUCGAUCCUAUUACUGGCAAAUCCGACCCCUCUCUUGCUCAGCAAAUCACCGUUGUGGACAAAACUAAAGACAGGUUUGCUCCUGUGCCUGGUAAAGAGGUACAGAUAGUCGUAAUAACUAGCAAGUAUGACACGAAGUACAAGAGGUUAGACAAUCCUAACGGACACGUAGAAACGUCUCGCGGUGUGGUUGCGGCUGAUGGAAAAGUUCACACGAACUUUGGAAUCAUUGACCCUAAGACUGGCAAGAUUGAAUAUGUUGAUCAUAAUUCCGGCAAACAAGAGAUAAAACAAGCCGUCGCGGAUCCUAAGACAGGUCACUUAAUAAUUGCGUCUGGUGUCAUAGACCCGAAAACCGGCAAAUCAGAUUCAUCAUUAGCUCAACAAAUAGCUAUUAUUGACAAAGAUAUUAAACAAUCUGAAGCACAGGUCAACCUUGUUAUUGUAACUUCUAAAUAUGAUCUUAAGAAUAAAAAGUUAGACCUUGCCAAUGCUCACGUUGAAUCUGUCCCCGGUAAAAUUGACUCAAGUGGUAAAGUACAUACAUCAUUUGGAACUGUUGAUCCUAGUACUGGUGAAGUUAUCAUUACAGACAAGGCUUCAGGAAAGAAGGAAGUCAAAAAGGCAUCUGUCGAUCCUAAAACUGGUAAUUUACUUCUUACCUCUGCAGUAGUUGACCCUGUUUCUGGCCAUGUUGAUCCUACGUUAGGGCAACAGAUUUCUGCAGUAGUAAAACCAAAGGACCGAUUCACAGUAGUACCUGGUAAGGAGGUAGAACUAGUGGUUAUUACAAGUAAAUAUGAUCCUAAAAACCGGAGAUUAGAUAAUCCUAAUGGCCAUAUUGAGACCUCAAGAGGCAUUGUCGCAGGUGAUGGAAAAGUUCACACUAACUUUGGAAUUUUAGACCCGAAAACAGGCAAAAUAGACUACGUUGAUCCUAAAACAGGAAAACAAGAGUUGAAGCAAGCUGUCAUCGAUCCACAAUCAGGUAAUAUGUUUUUGACUACUGGGGUGGUAGACCCUAAAACCGGAAAAUCAGAUUCCAGCUUGGCUCAACAAUUUACUAUUGUUGAUAAGGACACACCUAAACAGAAAUUCGUCAACUUAGUUAUAGUGACAACUAAAUAUGAUCCUAAAAACAAGAAACUAGACUUGACCAAUGCCCAUAUAGAUUCAGUACCUGGGCGGCUGGGUGCUGAUGGCAAGGUACAUACUGAAUUUGGAGAGGUAGACCCUACUACUGGAGAUAUAGUCGUGAAAGAUCCAGUAACUGGCAAACAAGUUACUAAAGUUGCUACCCUGGAUCCCAAAACAGGUAACUUGCUGCUCACCUCAGGCGUCGUGGACCCUCAGACUGGCUACGUUGAUCCUGACUUAGGCCAACAGUUUAGUAUUGUAGACCAACCCAAAGAUACCUUUGCACCAGUUCCAGGCAAAGAAGUGCAGCUAGUUAUUAUUACGUCCAAAUAUGAUCUUAAGAAUAAGAAACUUGAUGAUCCCAACGGUCGAGUAGAAGUUUCUAGAGGAAUUUUGGCCGUUGAUGGCAGAGUACAUACUAACUAUGGAAUUAUUGACCCCAAAACAGGUAAAAUUGAAUAUGUAGAUCCUAAGACAGGUAAACAAGAGACAAAACAUGCUGUUCCUGAUUCUAGUGUAGGAUUUAUAUCUGGCAACUUGAUCUUAACAUCGGGUGUUGUCGAUCCGAAGACAGGGAAACCAGACUCUUCUCUAGCACAGCAAUUCAGUAUAGUUGAAAGAGAAACUAAACCAAUCGAAAGAGAAAUUCAUCUUGUCAUAAUUACCACUAAAUACGAUCCUAGGACUAGAAAGAUUGACCCCAACCAAGGUCAUGUUGAUACUAUUAGUGGUGUUCUUACCAGUGAUGGUAAGAUUCGUACACCAGCUGGUAUUAUCGAUCCAGCGACUGGUGAAAUUGUAGUAACAGAUCCUAAAACUGGAAGACAAGAGGUCAAACGCGCUCAAGUACACCCUGAAACUGGACAUAUGUUGAUCUCGGACAAUGUAAUCGAUCCCAAAACAGGCAGGCAAGAUCCAACUCUGGUCCAAAUGUAUAGUAUUGUUAAUAAACCGGUGGUACAAUACAGUAAGCCUGUCUCUAAGGGUGAAGUACGCCUUGUAAUUGUCACAAGCAAGUACGAUCCCUAUACCAAAUCCGUCGAUGCUGGUGAAGCUACUAUUGAAGCGGCUAAAGGUUACGUCAGUGCUGAAGAUGGAAAAAUUCAUACAGACUUUGGUAUUAUCGAUCCCAGAUCUGGUCAGGUUCUGUACAAAGAUCCCAUCACAGGCAAGCAGGAAUUAAAACAAGCUGAGAUUGAUCCCAAGACAGGAAACUUAAUAGUAACAACUGCAGUUGUUGACCCUAAAACGGGCAAGGUAAAUCCGUCAUAUGCUCAACAGUUAGCCAUAGUCGAUAAGCAGAAUGUCUUAUCUAAAGUGGCUCCAAUUUCAACUAGAGCUAGCGUGUCGCCUGCCAAGCAAAUUCCAACACCUGUUAAGACUCCAAGUACAACACCAGUUCAGACGCCAUUACAAUCACCUGUCCGUACAUUUUCACCUAUCGCAGCAUAUGCCCAAAGUCCACCAACUCAGAAGACCCCUGUUAAACCUACAACAGCGCCACCCGAGCCUCCUAAACGGAAGAUAGUUAAAAUUAUGGUCAUCUUUACUAAACUUGAUCCUAAGACAAAGAAACCUGAUCUUCAUACUGCUGAAGUGGAACAUCUUACUGGUAUUCUUGAUCCUAACGGUUUGAUUGAAACAAAGUAUGGUGUAAUUGAUUCUAAAACUGGUAAUAUUGUCGUCACCGAUGCUGCCGGUCAGAAACAAAACCGUGAUGGUAUCGUACUACCCGAAACAGGACAAAUCUUCAUCCAUUCGGGUGCUGUUGAUCCGAAAACAGGAAAGAUUGAUCCUAAUCUGGGUAUGGUUCUAAGUGUGGCUAAACAAGAAGACCCAGUAGUUGAAGUAACAACAAUCACAGGCCCAAUAGAUCCUAGAACCGGUAAAGUUGAUAUCGAGAAAGGCACUGUGGAAUAUACUAAAGGCAAAGUUGAUGCUGAAACUGGACACAUUUCAACUAAAUAUGGCGUUAUAGACCCAUCAAAUGGCGUCAUAUUUGUAACGGAUACAUCUGAUACUAAACCAGUUCACAUCGAUGAGAACAAUGGACUUAUAACCAUCAAAGGCGUUGUAGAUCCUAAAACGGGCAAGCCAGAUCCAAAUCUUGGACAAGUUAUUGUCGUCGGUACUCAUAUUGAUCCAGUAGUUGAGGUAACCACGUUUGUUGGUAAGUUAGAUUCCAAGAAGGGGCUAAUUGAACCAAAACAUUCUAUUGUUGAAAGCUCUACAGGUCAACUAAAUCCUGACAAUAAUAAGAUUGACACUAAAUAUGGACAAAUCGAUCUCGUGAAAGGCACUGUCACUUACAAUGAUCCUAAGACCGGUAAAUAUGAAAGCAGGGAUCUCAAAGUCGAUCCCGUCACUGGUCAGUUCUUAUUGAAGACUGGACAGAUUAAUCCGAAGUCAGGCAAACCUGAUAAGGAUGUCGCUAGAAUGAUUUGCUUGAGAAUAAUCAAGAAUAAAAUUGAUCCAAUUUCAGGCAAACAAAUCGUAUCGAAUGAUCCCAAGAACGUCAAAGUUGACCCUAAAACUAACCAGAUAUGGAUUGCUGGUCCCAAAGACCCACAGACGGGAGAAUAUGUAUAUACAGCCGGGCAGAUCGAUCCAGUCACUGGCUACAUCAUCACAAUAUACGGUCGUAUGGACCCUAAAACGGGUACCAUCGUUAGAACCAAUGAUGUUGAUAAAUCUCUUAUUAAGGUGGACCCAGUCAACGGACAAAUUUAUACAGCUACUGGUGAAGUGGAUGAGGACAACCAACCUCUAUACUCUGCAUCUCAAGUAGACCCAGGUACUGGGGAAAUCUACACUAAACUAGGCAAAAUUGACCCCAAAACAGGUAGACUUAUUAUCAUCAAGAUAUACAUCAUCACCCAAAAAGAUGAGAAAGGUAGAGUCAAGGAAGUUGAUCCUAAAGAAUGCACCAUUGAUGAAACUACGGGCAGAAUUAUUACGACGAAGACAGUGUACUUGUAUCAAAUCAUCGAUCCUAUUACUGGAGAAACUAUCGAUGUGGACCCCGAUGAUCCAAGGCUUAAGGGCGCAAGAACUACUGUCACGCAAACCAUGACACUAUCAGGCAAGAUUGAUCCCAUAACUGGCAGGAUAAAGACCGAAUACGGAGAUAUUGAUCCAGAUACAGGCGAUAUCGACCCAAGCACGGCCGUUAGAGACCCAGUAACAGGCCAACUUAUUCUCCACUAUUCACAAAUCGAUCCCUCACACUUCGAAGACAAGAGUGGCAACUACACAAUAGAGAAAGAAACACAAGACUUACCAGCGAACAUUGAUAUUCAAACGGUAAAUACGCACAAGUUCUCCACUUUCGGCAAAGACGAAAGUCCUUUGAGAGGAGAUGAGCCGAAGACAUUUACGGAAUACACAACGAGCGAACAUAUCCGGCAUCAGGGCUAUGUGUCGUCAUCCACUCCUCUAUCCUCAAAAAUCCCGAUUUCACAGCGUUCUAAGAAGACCCCGACGCCUCCUGUCGUUGUCAAAACGACAACGAAACAGUUGCUGACGAAGAAUGACGAGGGAGUCACACACAAUGUAGAAGAAGAGGUUGAAAACCUCGGCACUGGUGAAGUUACCUUCUCCACACAUACCAACAAGGCGGAAAGCCUUGAGCCGAUGGAGAGCGGCAAAAGUCCUUACGUGACUGCGAGGGCGGUGACGACUAGGACGGCGAUGACCCAUCACGACCUCGACACGAAGGCCAAGACGCAGCAGAUGGAGGAGAAAACCGUUGCGCAUACGCUGACUUCAUCAGCUACCAGGCAGGAGCAACGAGUUCUUACACAAGAAGUCAAAACCAUGGUGACCACUGGCGAUCAGCUUACCAGACGCGGCUCAGAGAGUUCAAUCAGUAGCGGCGACUCUGGUACUCCGAUCGACUUCGAAGAGGGAGCUGGAGAAGGACAUUAUUAUGUCACGGAGCCGGGUUCAUACCGCACGACCACCACUUCCACGGUGAUGGGCAAUGCACCCUUCGGUAGUAUGGUCCAUGGAACUACCACCAGGACUAGCACCGGCCCCGCGGAAGUACCCGCCAGCGUGACUGAAGAAACGCAAGAAACGCUGGAGACCGGCCCCGAUGGAGAGGUAGUGUCCUCUCAAACCAUCAGCUCCAAGACACGCACCGUCGAGACUAUCACGUACAAGACGGAACGUAACGGUGUGAUCGAGACGCGCGUAGAACAGAAGAUCACCAUCCAGUCGGACGGCGACCCAAUCGACCACGACCGAGCACUCGCGGAGGCCAUACAGGAGGCAACAGCAAUGAAUCCUGACAUGACGGUGGAAAAGAUCGAAAUCCAGCAACAGAGCACGCAACCUUAA